CCACUCCGCAUGUACUCGUACCUUCCGCUCGCUCCGUACACACGCUCUUGAUUUUUUCUCCUUGCCGUAUUCACCGUCGUUACUUUCUCCCACUCGUUUCCAUCACUUGGACGUGUUUCCAUCACGAUUUGUAUAGAAGCAUCGCUUAUCGCAGGCCACGCCAUCGCUUCAUAUAAUUAGCCACUCAGCACACGGCCGUUGACAAAGUCGACAACGGCCCUUGCGAUCCGCGACAUUAGCAUUCUCCCGCCGCCUGACACCAGGCAGUCACUUGGAUAGAGAUUUCUCGUUUGUUGAUCGGCAGCUCCUAUAUCCCGCAGCCAGCAACUCACAAUGGCGCGCUCACUGAGCCUUAUCGCUCUAUUAUUCGCCUUCAUCAUGGUCUUCGCGACAGUAAAUGCCAACAGCCUGCCGUGGAUGCUGAAGCGUCAAAACUCCCUCAUCGGUACAGGGGCAAACACAUCAUCUGCAGCACCGUCCUCGUCGUCUGUCGCAGAGGCAUCCACCUCGUCUAUUCCCUCUUCGACAUCCUCUGCUGCACCCGACACAACUACGUCCACUCCACCUACCACUUCGAGCGAGCAGCGCUCAUCCACAACAACCCCUACAUCAUCAGCCGCCCCUACCUCCAGCGCCGCUCCCGCCUCGACCUCUGAGACCACUCCUGUCAGCGAUGCUCCCACCUCGUCUGCAGCUCCAUCAACAUCCGCAUCCUCUAUUGCCGCCGACACUUCCAACUCCGCUUCUCCCUCGUCCUCCGUAGCCAGCUCUUCUGCCCGUUCGACUGCUGCUGCCUCUUCUGCUUCUUCGGCUGCGUCAUCUGCUUCGUCCCGCGCGUCAUCUGCUUCGAGCACAAAGACUUCGUCUACCAAGUCGUCUAAGUCAACCUCAACCUCUUCUGAGAUUGUCGUCAUUGGCUCCGGCUCCGCUGCCUCGACCAUCAACCGUGCCACCGUUAGCAAGGCUACUACCAUCACGUCUGCUCUCGUUUCGGAAUCGACCCAAAGUUACACGACUAUUAUUACCACUGUCACGGGUGGCAGCACCCUUACUACUGCCGUUCAAACACAGAGGACUGUCUCAUCAACCACUGGUUUUGCAACUGCAACCGUAUCCCCUUCAUUGAAUGACGGUGGCAGCAGUGGUAGCAGUGGUGGCGGUCUCAGCACCUCCAGCAAGAAGAUUAUUGGCGGUGUUGUCGGCGGCAUUGGUGGCGCCAUUCUGCUCGGUGGUCUUGCUCUUGUAGCAUGGCGCAUGUGGGGACGCCGUCGUGCACGAGGCCCUACAAUGGACGAUGAGAUUAUGGGUCCUCAACCAAACCAAAGCCUCAUGACCGAGAAGAACGAGCCUCCGCUAGCCCGCUACCAUAACGGUGGCGGCCAGAUCAACACAGCAUCCAAUUUCUGAGGACUGUGCUGGCUUAUUCGGAUUCCUUUGAGUUCAUACGAUACCGGGGUCCUGUACCUCUCUGUCCUCGAUUCUGGAUCCUUGGUUUUGGAUUGUUUUUCUAAUGAAAGCGAAGCGUGCAAGCGAUUGGAAUCUUUGUAUUCACUUUUUUCUUUCCUUACAUACCCUCCUUUGAUCACUCCCUUCUGAUAUCCAUUUUACCUCUUUUCCGGUACUACCUACUACAUAGC